AUGACUGGACUGCGUGGCACGCAGCAGAAGAGGCAGUGGGAUGGGAGCGACGACAAUCACGACAUGGACGCAGCGGCACCACCAGCGGCCGGGAGGCGCGUGCGGGCCAGGAGGGAGUACCAGCGCCGCAUCGCCUACCAAGAUAGCUCGUCCGCGCGCGAGCGGGCGCGACCCUACCUCCUCGCCGUUGCAAAGAUGCCUAUUGCUGUGCUUGACACGACCUGGAGCGUUGGCAGGAACCGCUCCAUCAACACAGCCCACGUCCAGGAGCUACUGCACAUGUUCAGGAGCAGCAGGCUAGAACGGCGGGCGCCUGAGAAACGCAUCAUCGUCCUCUGCAGCGCCGAUGAAGUGAGUCGCAUGCAGCAAGCAUUUGGUAACGUUGAGGAGGAUGAGCAGGAUGAGGAUAUGAAGGAGGAGGAGGAUGAUGACGAAGGCGACACCUAUCCCAAGAUGUCCUUCCUACGCUGGGCAGAGGUCAACGGGGGCAAAGCCGAGGUCAUGGCCGGCCAGCACCGGAUCCAGGCACUUCGCGAGUACAUUAAGGAGAUGGGUGCAGCAGGUCCCCAGCCAUGGUGGACGUGCGAGCUCUACGAUAAAGACCGUCUACCAUACGACCUGAACGUCGAGCUACGCGUUAACAGGCGGGACCCAAGCCUGCCCAACAGCCAUGGGGAGACCUGGCUAAUGCUUGACUUGUUUACCUCCCUGCAACGGCAGAGCAACGAGCAGCAGGAUGGGGGGUCCGCUAUCGUCGAUGAGACCUAUGUCAAGAAAGUCCACUCCAGCAGUGAGAUGUAUUUGCCAACAAGGAGGCUUGUUACGUUGUGGAACAACCACAGGUGGCGGCCAAUCCUUACUCGGUGGUGCUGCACAAGGUUAGGCCUAGAUACCUUUGACAUAUCCUACUUUGAGUGGAUUGCUAGCCUCGGCAUCGACGAGUACUGGGCCGACGCCCUCGAAGAGGUCCUCAGCACCCUUGCCGACCUGCCUGUGGACGAGCGAAACCACAUCACGCGAGCCGACUGGGAUAAGCUGUCGGGCCAUGACGCCGCCCCCAACGUCACUAAUGUAUUCUUUACGCCCGAGGGAGAACAACCGACCCGCGCCCCGCGCGCGCGGGUGGACGGUUUCCUUGCGACGCUAGACGACGAAGCCUACAGCCUCAUCCACAACACCAUCAGGGAUUCGCAAUCGCUCGCAUUCCCCGACCUGAGGCGUAUCCUGCACUGCGAAGUGACGGAGAUGAAGACGGCCGUCUGCGUGCUGCGUCACGUCAUCAGCUGGAUCAGUCCAGAGCAUGCUGUAGCUGUCGCAGACGCCAGCCUCGCCUUCGAGGACAAGCCGCUGCUGCGGGAGCAUCUGUCAAAGGCGCUGGAUGCACUGGCGUUGCGCGAGGGCUGGGCCUCCGCCGUGUUCCCGGCGCUUGCGGCUGUCAAGCUCCAGAGACGCGUACUAGACUUUGUGCGGGACAACCUCGCCGAGUUCCGGGCGCCGAAUCUGCUGCCGCUCCUGGACGGCGACGCGACAGCCGAGGGGGGGGAUGGGGACGACGACGGUUGCUCGUACGGGCAGCGAUUCAACCACGUGGCAUGGGCACGCCUGCUAAAGCUGGUCCGACAGACGACCGACAGGGAUGGUGCUCAGAUCCGCCCGUCUUGGACUACGACCAGCGCAACCGGGAGUACUAAGCGCCAGACCACCGUGUCCACUCUCGCCCGGGAGUUCUGCGCCAGCGUGCUCAAGCUCGUCAACCACCAAGACGUCGCAGCAAUGCAGUCCGCCCGGCAGCAGGUUAUAGGCAUUAUGGACAGCUUCCUCGCGCUUGGCACCAACAGCUCUGCAGCGGCAGCAGCGCCGUCAGACUGCCCACAACCCCCCCGUGACAACGCCCGACGCAAGCCAUCGCAGGGCGUACCCGCCAUCAUCACCAGACAGUCCCCCCCUCCACGUCGUCGCACGCGCCAGGUCGCCAGGAAAAGCACAGGCGGCGCAACACCUAGAUGGAGAUCUCAGGAGGCUCGACGACAGCUAGAACAGCAAGCGGAACACAUCAGUAACUCGGCCGAGCCGCAGCAGGACACACCCGCCGCCAUCAUCACCAGACAGUCCCCCCCUCCGCGUCGUCACAUACGCCCGGUCGCCAGGAAAAGCACAGGCGGCGCAACACCUAGAUGGAGAUCUCAGGAGGCUCGACGACAGCUAGAACAGCAAGCGGAACACGUCAGUAACUCGGCCGAGCCGCAGCAGGACACACCCGCCACCAUCAUCACCAGACAGUCCCCCCCUAGGCAUCGCACGCGCUCGGUUGCCAGGCAAAGCACGGGCAGCAAAACACCCCAGAAACAGCCAGGGGACUCCAUCAACAACCCGGUCGAGCUAUCGCCAGACGCCCCCACUAACACCACCAGGCGGGGCUUUGUCACGAAAGCAUCCGCCAGGAAAAGCGUAAGGUGA